CAGCUACCUGGCUAGCAUUGUCACUCACUCAACGCACUAUAUUACUUAGUUAUCUGCGUGCCACACCUAAACACUUCCUUGGCACACCCCCUCUUUAUAUCUUUAGUUUUUACUAGUAUUGCUUCUUGCACUCCUUGGCCGUUAGCAUGGCAUCCCGUCGUUCUGCCGCGGCCUGCCUCGCGUGCCAUCAGCGCAAGACAAAGUGUGACUUUGUGAUUCGUGGUCCGCCUUGUUCGGCAUGUACAGCAGACGCUCGUCCCGCAAGCGCCUGCGUCCAACGUCCGAAUAAACGGUAUCGACGCCAAAAUGAUGCUCGCCAGGACGUGUCCGAGCGUCAUUAUCGUGAAGACCGCAUUUCGCCAGCAGUAGCAGCAGCGGGCGAACCCUACAACAGCCAGGUGUCUCCUCCACAGAGCAGUGCGUCCAGCUCGCGUGCCGCCCAGCCCGUUCGUAUCGAUUUCUCCAGCGAUUCAGCUGUCAUCAUAUCCCUCACCGCAAAAGAUGCUGCGGGAUUCCCUUGCGAAGUCGACUUCAGGCAUAACCUGGACGCUCGUCAUGCUCUUGAUUCAGCCGAUCAGGCGUACUUGGAGGCCAAGGGUGUCUUUGCUUUGCCAGCAACUGACAUCUGCGACAAGCUUAUCAAGGGCUUCUUCUCACACGUUCACCCAUGGUUUCCCGUCAUUGACGCCACAGACUUCCUCACCAAGUAUGCUAACGGCGGCCCUACGAAUGUUGACCUGCUGCUUCUAUGGGCUGUCCUCAUGGCUGGGUCGGAGGUACGGUCCUUGUUUUCUCGCCCGUCGCUUACAUCCGCCGUCCCUGUACGCUGACUCG